AUUUGGGAAGAACAGCACAAGUUUGGUUUCGAAAAUAAUGAAGACUGUUUUAGUUCUCGUUGCAGUUCUAUCAGUUGUGGUUUCCGGGGCAAUCUAUUCCCCAAUCCAGCAGGAGAAGAUAAGAAAAAUUGCGGACCCAUGCGCUUCGGAGCAGAACAUCCCACUCGCCGAGAGUGACUACAAGCGAGCCUUCGAUGGGGGCGAACUGUUCGAAGAUGAAUCCUUCUCUAAGAAAAUGGCCAAAUGCUUCCUGGAGAAAAUCGAUGCCCUUAGCGCUGAUGGGGUAAUUUCGGGCAAGAUGGUGGUGGAAUUUUUCGCCGAUGGAAAGACGCCCGCACCUUUGGUGGAAUUAGCGGAAAAGUGUGUUUCCAGUGCUGAGGGCGAAACGUCCGAUGAUCGGGCGUUAACUUUCUACAGAUGUUUUUCCAAGGGAAAAAGUGCUAGUAUCUAAUAAUUGA